CUCUGCUGUGGUUUCCUUCCAUUCCUUCUGCUGUGUUUCGCUCCGACUCCCAUUCUUGAAGCCAAGCGACUCUAUUCUGAUCGCAUCCAACGGGCGUCAAGAUGGGCUUCUUCGCCUUCCUCCGCAUUCCGCGGCCAGAGGUAACGUUGCGCAAAUGCAGUCGACCGGUCAAACGGUCAGAUCAGACCAGGGGGAGCUGGAAAACUAACGCUCUGGCUUUUUUGAAAUAAUAGAGCUUUCUCUACGUGAUGAGUCUGGAGACUGGCGCGACCCUGAUCGCGUUAUCAAUGAUGAUUAACAAAAUCAGCGGCCUGUACGGCCUGCUGGCGCUGCUGACCGGAUACCACCUCUCGCCCGUCCAGCUGUCCAUGUAUCUCUACUCGCUCGUCGUCCUCGCCGUCGCCGUGUACCUCUUCCCACACAUCCGGAAACAGUCUCCGUUACAAUGUUUGGCGCUCGCAUGGAUCUACCUGAUCGACAGUGUUGUCAACGCCGCAUACACCGUCGCGUUCGGUGUGACGUGGUUCAUGGUCAUUUCGCAAAACUACGAUAGCAGCAACGGCAAGUCGUCGUCGUCGUCGUCGUCGUCUCCCGGUAAGGCGACAAUGGAGCAGACUGCAGGCUUCACCAGUGCCAAAUAUGACUCGUCGAAAAAGAGCGAUGCGAUCGGAAAUGUCGUUUACCAGCCCGAAAGUUUCCAGAGCAUCAUCUUCAUCUGCUCUCUGUGGAUCAUCCGCACAUAUUUCGUUCUGGUCAUGCUAGCGUUUGCUCGCCAGUCUCUGCGGAUGUACGUUGCGGUCCCCCGUCAUACGCAGCUCCCCACCCACAGCCGCAACACCUCGUUGGCCAGCGUUGCGGACAUUGACCGCGAGCCGUUUUCCACCUUCAGCCCCGACGGUCAGGGCUGGGAGGGCAAGCUGGGCCGCCUGAUGAUCGGUAUCGGCCGCGGCUACUGGCUGGGUGAAGACGACAGCAGCGGCAACCCGAACUGGGCGACGAUGGUCCGUCGCCCCUGGGCCCGUCCAGAGGACCUCUCUGGCCCGUUGGAGCGUGAACGGCGACGCAGAUCCGGCACAGGUCCUCCACAGCCCUCACAGUUCGUUAUCCAGGCUGCCUCCUUGCAGCAGCAACCGAUCCCCGAGGAAGCUCCGCUCGCGAACGUUAAGAUGCAACCUUGGCCUGAAAACCGGUGAUCCUGGUCUAUUACUCGGACAAACAAAAAGCUAUUUGUUCGAAUGUCGAGCCUGCCAAUGUAUCUUUCCCCCCCG